AUGUCUUUCUCUUGGUCGAAAUACUGGCUUCGAAUUUUCAUAGUCGUAAUGUCUCUUCUUUCAUUGUUGCUCGUCGCCUGUUGGAUACACCUUAAACCCAAAUCUAUGGCAAUGGAGAUUCUUCCAACCAAAGAGAAAAUUUAUUCCAUGUCUCAGAAUGAAGUGUUUACUACCUAUCACAAUUUCAUGCAUACUGUUACAUUCCAUUGUAAGAAUAUUAUCAGAGUUGGUUCUAAGGAAGAUGGAGGUUGGGAUGUCUGUGCUGAUCCUGAAUAUAUACCAAAAGAACCAUGUUUAGUUUAUUCCUUUGGGAUUGGCUCAGAUUCCAGUUUUGACUUAGCAGUUCACAAAAAGUACAAAUGUGAAGUUCAUUCCUUUGACCCAACUUUAAGUGAGGCCCAGAAGAAAAAGAUUAGCCCUCUUUUACACUUUCAUCCGAUUGGACUUUGUGAUCAAGAAAUAACGAUGAUGAACCAAAGCUAUAAAACCUUGUAUGAAAUUCGGAGGACACUGGGCCAUCUAAACACAAAAUUGGCUAUUUUGAAGAUUGACAUUGAGAUGUGGGAAUGGCGGUCUCUCCAUCACAGCAUUCUCAAAAACAUGUUAGAUGACGUGCAACAGUUGUUGAUCGAGUUCCAUACCCAAAAAUUUGAAAUUGCAUGGCUCACAAACCAAUAUUUUUCAUCGCUUCAUCUGCUACGAGAUCUCUAUGACCUUGGCUUCAGAGUAUUUUCAGUCGACAGUAAUUAUGUUUGCGUCUUUCUUAUAAACAAGCUCAAACUUACGAAUUGUUACAACAUACAUUUUGUCAAAAUCACAUAA